UCUGAUAGUGGGGGUGCUGUUGGUGAUUAUGGUUAUGAAGAAUGUGACCAUCUUGCAUAUGCAUACAAAACCAAUUCAACCCUUUCCACAGCAAGAUGCAUUGCUUUAAUGGCUGCCAGUUCAGCACUAAGCUUCUCUAUCUUCUCAUCCCUGAUUCUGAUUCUUCUGCUUACAAUACCAUCUGGUUCAUGCCACCAAAUAAACUUCUCUAUCAAAGAAGUCACCAUUCAUGAUCUCCAACUCGCUUUCAAGCAAAACAAACUCACUUCAAGGCAACUGGUUGAGUUCUAUCUUAAAGAGAUUCGCAGACUCAACCCAAUCCUUAAAGGGGUCAUAGAGGUGAACCCAGAUGCGCUAUGUCAAGCUGAUAAGGCUGACUAUGAGCGCAAGGCUAAGGUUCCAGGGUCACAAUCUAGGUUGCAUGGUAUCCCAAUUUUGCUCAAGGAUAAUAUUGCAACCAAAGAUAAGCUUAACACCACAGCUGGCUCAUUUGCAUUGCUUGGCUCAGUUGUACCUCGGGAUGCAGGCGUGGUGUCCAAGUUGAGGAAAGCCGGGGCCAUCAUCUUGGGGAAGGCAAGCUUGGGCGAGUGGUCCCAUUUUAGGACUGCUAGGGGUCCGCUUGCUUGGAGUGCCAGAGGUGGCCAAGGCAAGAAUCCUUAUACAUUAGGAGAACCUUGCGGUUCAAGUAGUGGAUCAUCAAUAUCAGUAGCGGCAAAUAUGGUGGCAGUAUCACUGGGGACUGAAACUGAUGGGUCAAUUAUAUGCCCUGCCAGUUUUAACUCAGUAGUUGGCAUCAAACCAACGGUCGGUCUCACUAGUCGGGCAGGGGUUAUCCCUAUAUCUCCAAGACAGGACACUGUUGGGCCCAUUUGUAGAACAGUAUCAGAUGCUGUUCAUGUUCUUGAUGCCAUUGCUGGCAUUGACAACAAUGACAAUGCAACUUUUAAAGCAUCAAGUUACAUUCCAAGUGGUUGAUACGGGCAAUUUCUAAAGGUUGAUGGGCUUAGAGGGAAGAGAUUGGGGAUAGUGAGAAAUCCUUUCUUCGAUUUUGGGAACAAUACUUACUUGAAUCAAACUUUUGAGCUACAUUUUGACACAUUAAGGCAAAGAGGUGCAAUUCUGGUAGACCAUCUAGAAAUAGCCAACAUUGAGAUGAUCUUUGAUUAUAAAGCGAGUGGUGAAGAAAUUGCAUUGUUGGCAGAGUUCAAAAUAUCGUUAAAUGCAUACUUGAGAGAGCUAGUAUCUUCUCCAGUUCGAACCAUGGCUGAUGUGAUAGCCUUCAACAACAAAAACCCGAAAUUGGAAAUGAUCAAUGAAAUUGACCAAGAUCACUUUUUAAGUGCGGAAGCCACAAAAGGAAUUGGAAAAGUUGAGAAGGCAGCAUUGUCAAAUUUAGCAAGACUGUCAAAAGAUGGAUUUGAGAAGUUGAUGACAAAUAAUAAGCUAGAUGCCUUGGUGACUCCUAGUUACUAUGCUUCUAGUGUCCUUGCAAUUGGUGGUUUCCCAGGAGUAAGUGUUCCAGCAGGAUAUGACACAACAGGGGAGCCAUUUGGCAUUUGCUUUGGGGGGCUAAAAGGUUCAGAGCCAAAGCUGAUUGAGAUUGCAUAUGGCUUUGAGCAAGCAAAAAAGAUCAGGAGGCCUCCUCUAUUCAUGCCUUGAAGCUUGUGAUCGAGUAUUAGGGAUUUUAAAUAGUGAUAUGCCCCAAGACAAUGUUAGUAAUAAUGGAGAAUUAGGGAUUUUAGUAAAUUUAUGAAGUGGGUAUUCAGUUGAAGUAAAUAAUGGAUCCGGCCGAAAGAAAGUUGGCACUAAGAAGUUGAAUUCGAUAAAGAAAUGAGAUUUUAUAUUUUGCUUCUAAUAGAAGUAAUGAUAAGGAUAAAUUUACACUUUUUUUUA